UGAUAAUUUUCAAUAAAACUUGUAUUAUGAAAUGUCCUUAUACACAUUUAUAUAUAAAACAAUAUCAAAUUGAUGUAAAAUAUUGGAAUUUUUCAUUUUACCGCGACAGAUACAUCAAAACUACGGAAUAUUGUCAUGUUAAGGAAUGUGUUCAGAAUUGUUCAAAGUUCAAAUCUGGAAAUAGUUGUGUUGAAAAAUGUCCUAGCUCUCGGUCGUAUUUAAACGGUGACAGAUGUCUUAGUUUUUGUCCAGAUGACACUUUUGCAGACCUUAGGGAUAAGAAGUGCGUAGAAAAUUGUCCAAAUGACACGAUAAAACAAGGACAUACGUGUAGGAUUAUUUGUGGAAAUAAUUUAUUGUAUAAAGAUGGGGAAUGUGUACAUGACUAUGAAUGCGAAGAGAAAUCAUUUGAGUUUGCUGGACAGUGCCUUCACAAUUGUCCUGAUGGAUUUGUUUGGUUCGUCUCAUGUGUUAAUGUGUUAGCUGUCGGAUUGUGUAUACCAGUCCUGUUUAUACCAACAAUAGGUUUAAUCAUACUUGGCCGCCACAUCUUUAUCGACCUUUUGACUAUAAUUCGGCUCACAUUUUUCAAAGAGGAUCAGUUAACUGAAUAUUUGACGAAGAAACACAUGCAACGACCAAUCAAAGCCGCAACUCAAACGCCAAGAAAAGAAGAAGAGGUAUUACUUUUAGAGGACAUGGACAGCAGUGAUGAGGAGUUGUUAUUAUUUACAAGGACCAGAUGUCGAAUUAUUGACGGGGAUGUAGAAACUGUUUUGUGAUAUAUAAAGAAACGAAAAACAUAUUGAAUCGGUUACUGUAAAAAUUGGAGAAGAGAACAUUAAACCAUCUAAAUGUGUAAGGAAUCUUGGUGCUUUUCUAAAAUGAGCAUGGAAAAACAUAUUAACUCAGUUUGUAGAUCAGGGUACGGACAGCUACGUCAAAUAGGCCACACCAGGCAAUAUCUAAAUACAGAUGCUACAAAAUCUCUAGUAAAUUCACUCGUCACUUCACGCCUUGAUUAUUGCGAUGCGCUCUUGUAUGGUGUUCCGAAGGUCUUGCUGGGGUUUGUGUUUGGAGGUUUGGGUAAAGUUCAAAAAUAAGGAAGUGUAAAGCAAACCAUAUCAUAUUUGCCCUCCGUUAUUGGUCAAAUACUUGUCAUUUUUAGUAUAGAUUUAUAAGAAAAAAUAUAUGAUUAUGCAGAAAUGGAAUUGGGCUUGCCGACGUUUUCUGAUUCUUAUAUCUUAAAGUCUGCGAGUGCAACAAUCUAGUAUCAAUUAAGUACAAGAAGUCGAGAUUAUAUUUUUGCCAUUUUACCGUUGUGUUUAUUGCUUUUUGUUAAAUGUAGAUAAAAAUCAUGCACACAGUUCUGAGAACUUAACCCAACAACACUUUACUUUUACAUGUCCAACGUUCAACUACAUGAUUCUUUUUAUUUUCUAAAGCGAUUUAUAUGAAUUUUCAGGCCUUUCAAUUUUCAGAUAAUAGCAGA